AUGAUCCCUCGGCAAUCGGGACCUCUCUCUGCCAAUCGUCUUGUCGUUGAUGUCAGCCGAAGAACCCCACCUGGGUUCCGCUUCAAGCCAAGCUUCGGGUCGGAUCGGAUUUUCCAGACCCCGAGCAGCACCCCUCCAGACGUCACUGUCACAAGCCCAGAGCGGGCCCAGUGCAGGGACCCCUGUUCUAGGUGGGGGGUGGCCCGAGCUUUUGGCCCAAAAAUUUCGAGCUUGGAGCCCGCGACAGCGUGCAUCGAGACGUCUGGGGGGUCUUGA